AUGUUUAGCUGCUUGACGUCUGUAGCUCAGGGGAACGGGCGGCUUCAGCGCACCUCUAAACAAGUGCCGCUGGUCGCGCGCCGGGAGAGGCGCCACCGACUGGCGGUUCGCACGCUCCGUCCUGCCUUGGAGAGCUCCCUCUCUCGUUUCACGGAGCAGGAGCAAGCGUUUCCCACACUAAAGGCGGACGCGAAACCCAAGACGGCUUCAAACUCACGGACAGCAGGCGUUCCAAACCGGUUGAAGGAGGAGGAAGGCGCUUGUUUCGUAGAGUUUCUCCGGAGAGCGGUUGAGGACUGCCGAAGGAACGUGCAGGCCGGAGGGCACGGCACCGAGGACCUCGUGUGGGAGCGCGUUCGCCUUGAGGCAGAAGCUGCGGCGCGCGAGGAGCAGCUCCUUGCAUCCUUUCUUUACGCAACUGUCCUGAACCACGACACACUGGAGGCGUGUCUUGCCUUCCACCUGGCCAAUAAGCUCGCGUCAACGACGCUGCCCAGUACCAUGCUGAACGAAAUCAUUCGAGAAGCGCUGGAGAAAGCACCGGAGGCGCGUUACGCCAUUCGACUGGACUUGUUGGCGGUGGCGGAUCGAGAUCCGGCGUGUACGCGAGUGAUCGAUGCGUUGCUUUUCUUUAAGGGCUUCCACGCCUUGCAAACGCAUCGAGUUGCACAUUGGCUGUGGAGCCAGAACCGCCAGGCCCUUGCAAUGUACCUCCACAGCCAAGUCUGCAAGGUGCUACAAAUCGACAUCCACCCCGCAGCAAGAAUCGGCUAUGGUGUAUUUAUAGACCACGGAACCGGAGUGGUUAUCGGCGAGACCGCGCGAGUCGGAAAUAACGUCAGUCUGCUUCAUCACGUGACUCUGGGUGGCACUGGUACCAAGCUCGGGGAUCGACACCCAAGGAUCGAGGAUUGUGUUCUGAUCGGGGCCGGUGCAACGAUUCUGGGGAACAUCACCGUCGGCUAUGGCGCUAUGGUCGGUGCGUGCACCGUGCUCACGAGCGACCUGCCGCCGCACUCGACGGCAGUAGGUGUUCCUGCGCGAGUUAUUGGUGCUCCGCGCACGAAAGCGCCAGCUUUUGACAUGGACCAAGACCCGACACACUGUCGCAAGCGACGAACAGCAGUAGAGCACCCGGAUGGCAGCAGCCAUUCGCUGCCAGAGACGGGCACCGUAGAUGUUACUUCGACGUCGACGAAUGGCCAUGCGCUGGACAGCUAA